AUGCCCUCCAGCCCCAUGAAGAGACUCUCGCUGCAGCAGCUCGCGACUCCAAGUGCAAUUUCGUCACCAGUGGCAGACCUCCACCCGGCUACACCGCCCCAACCGCUUAUCCUCUCUCCGGUGACCUCUCCUUGCCGGUUUCACAUUUUUUUUAAGUGUGUUCGAUCAGCGCCGACGUUGGAGGGCGCAAGCCGCCGGAAUCAAUGCGAGUUCACAGCGUCGGCUGGUGUUAUUCAAGGGCGACGAGCAGCGGUGGAGGGCGAACCACCACAGAGAGGGGCAAAACUGGCGGCGCGUGGUGGUGUAGGAGAAGUCGUUCAACCUCUGAAAACCGGCGACAGUUCCGCUGAAGAAGAGACUCGUGACGAGGGUGAGAAGUGGAAUCGAAAAAUGUAA